CAUUGGCUCCCAGGACUUGGGACCUGUUAGCUUGGCUGGGUGACUGGCAAAUCCUUCCUUCCGCGGUGUAGACACCUGGGCUGAGAAAUUGGUUCCGAACCCAGCGGAACCCAGCGCCAGGCAACGCCAGGUCACGUGGCCGGCGGCUCCCAUGACGUGGGGACUGCGGGGCGUCACCGCGACGUUCGGGCGACCUGCCCAGUGGCCAGGCUACCUCCGCCGCCUUUUUGGUCGCGGUGCUGCCAUGGACCUGGGACCCAUGCGCAAGAGUUACCGCGGGGACCGAGAGGCAUUUGAGGAAGCUCAUCUGACCUCCCUGGACCCAAUGAAGCAGUUUGCUGUCUGGUUCGAGGAAGCUGUUCAGUGUCCUGACAUAGGGGAAGCCAAUGCCAUGUGUCUGGCCACCUGUACCAGAGAUGGAAAACCCUCUGCCCGCAUGUUGCUGCUGAAGGGCUUUGGCAAGGAUGGUUUCCGCUUCUUCACUAACUUCGAGAGUCGAAAAGGAAAAGAGCUGGACUCUAAUCCCUUUGCUUCCCUUGUCUUCUACUGGGAGCCCCUUAACCGUCAGGUGCGUGUGGAAGGCCCUGUGAAGAAGCUGCCCGAGGAGGAGGCUGAGUGCUACUUCCACUCUCGCCCCAAGAGCAGCCAGAUUGGGGCUGUGGUCAGUCAGCAGAGUUCUGUGAUCCCUGAUCGGGAGUAUCUGAGAAACAAAAAUGAGGAACUGGAGCAGCUCUACCAAGACCAAGAAGUGCCUAAGCCAAAAUACUGGGGUGGCUACAUCCUGUACCCACAGGUGAUGGAGUUCUGGCAAGGCCAAACCAACCGCCUGCACGAUCGCAUCGUCUUUCGGCGAGGCCUUUCAGUAGGAGGUUCGCCUUUGGGGCCCAUGACCCACCACGGAGAGGAAGACUGGCUCUAUGAGAGACUUGCCCCUUGACUCUGGAUCUGCCACGGUGGAGCUGGGGCCAGGUGCUGAGAGAGGGUAUGAGACUGGGAGCUAGGCCCUUUUAAACUCAACCUAUUUCCCUCCCCACCCCUAGAGUUAGGACUCUUCAGAACUCAUCUUCCAAGACGUCUGUACUCAGCUGGCUCUCAGUUGGCUGGUCAAGUGGAGUGUAACAGUGUCAGAGGAUCACAAAUGGGAAAUAAUCCCCUAAUUAAUUUCUUGACUUUGCAUAAGAUUUGUUGGAAUAGCUCCCUCUUGGGGUAGCAUCUGGUGUAACUUCCUUUCUGGUGAACUAGCAGACCUGUCUGUUACCAUGUGAGCCAUACUGGCCAAAGCCAGUUGGUCCCAGUGUAGGCAUCUGAGCCAAUCUAGCCAAUCAGAUUGUCUUGUCAAUAAUCUGAAAUUUGGCCAUGUAGGUGGUUCACAUCUAUAAUACCAGCACUUUGAGAGGCUCAGGCAGGAGGAUCACUCGGAUCCAGGAGAUCAAGAAUCAGCCUGGACAAUAUAGUGAGACCCCGUCUCUAAAAAAAGAAAAUGGAAUUUGAAAUGCUGAGACCCAGAGCCUUGGGAGUCACUGUAGCCAGGUCAUUAAUAACAUUGAAGAAGCAACAGCCUCUGGCUGCUGCUGUUGCAAUUCCCUGAGCUGCCCUGGGUCCCUCCUUCCCAGGUCUGUGUUAUGCAUUUCCUCUUCCUGCCUCAACACCCCACUAUCUCUAUAAAUUCUUCUUUUUUUUUUUGGCUUAAACUAGCUAGAAUCAAUUUCUGUUGCUUGCAACUGAAAGAACUGACUCAUUUACUGAUAGGAUAUUUUUAUAGCAUUGCCCUUACUGAUUGCUGCCUUCCAUUAUUUGAAACACAGCAAUGUAGAAAGAGAUUAAUAUUCCCUGUAGCUCCAAGGGACCCAGAGGGGGAAGUUGCAGAGAAGUAGGUUUCAUCUCAAUAUGGGGAGAGAUUUCAAACAGUCUAACCUGCCUAAUAGGGAGUGUUCCGUCACUAGACAUUUUCAAUCCCAGUCAGUCAGGAAUUUUGUAAAAAGGAUUUUGGUGCCCACAUCAACAGGCCAGGAAGAUUUUAAUCAAGCUUUGCUGUCUAUGUUUGUUUAUGGAAAAAUGCACAUAUUUCAUUUUCCAAAUAUAAAAUUAAAUUAUUAUAGAGAUUAUGCUCUUCAGACUGCUCAGACAUCCCCUUCCCCUACUCCUCACCUCCCCUGAGGGUGAUUUCUAGAUCACUGGUUGUCACCCACACUGGAAUUACCUGGGGGGCUUUAAAAAUCCAGAUGCCUGGGUCCCAGCCUCAGAGAUGAUUGAACUGAUCUGCGUGCAGCCCGGGCAUUAGGAACUUUAACAGCUCCCCGGGGAAUUCUGUGCAGCCAAGGUUGAGGCCUGGUCUGUCUGGACCCUGCUUGCUACCCAGUGUGAUCCAUGGGCCAGUAGCAUCAGUGUCACUCGGGAGCCUAUUAGAGACGCAGACCCUUGGGAUCACCUCGGACCCACUGAAUCUGAUUCUGCAUUUUAACAAGACCCCCAGGUGAUGGGUUGUCCUGGCCUCAGUCUCUAAACCCACAAUCUCCCACCCUCACUGUCUUUGACCCUUUAAUAACCCCUGGCUGAGUCUUGUGCUGAACUGAAUUUGCUUUCCGUGAGCACCAGCCUGCUGACCAGAGACAGCCUGGAUGAGCAAGCAGCCUACAGGCCACAGAGAGGAGCCAGGCUGGGUAAAUGUUUGCUGUGACUAAGCCAGGAUCAGAGAAUGACUAUUAUUUGCACUGGUUGGCAUUGAACUUGCAACUCUGUAAACUGUGCUUCCUUCCACUGUAUGGGCGUGUGCUUCAGUCCCUGUUAUUAGCAGGGCUCGUCCAAGGGCAGCCCUCCUGUGUUGAUGGCCCCUGAAGCCUGAGUGCCAGAAGGCACCUUAACCUGAGGCCACCUACAGGAGUGGGUGCCCUUACCUGCCUUGCCCUUUUUGUUCUGCUGUAGGCUGUGACUUUUGUUAGUAAACGUGUGUGUGUGCCCACGUGAAGAAUUGCUGCACCCCACUUGUGUUAUUGGGGGCUGAGUAUCCCUCCAGCUUUGAGCCUGGUCUCAGCUGUUACCUUUUCAAUUCUCUGUCCAUCCAGUCACCGUGCCAAGUCUGUAAUAAAAGCCCGUUAGCCGUAUGUGAUA